CAACCUGAGAAAAACCAAAAACCAAAAAUAAAAAAGGAAAAAAACUUACUCGCAAGGCCGUCCUCCAAAAAUUCCAUAUCUCUCACCAAAUCCUCCAACACCAGACCCACCCACCACCACCUCCAAAUCUGCAGCGACGGUGGUGAUCUCCCCGAUGGACUCCCAGUUCUGGGCUCUCACGUGCCGCGACACCCUCCGCCUCAUCCUCCAAAAGCUUCCUGUCCCCGACAUCGCUCGGGCGAGCUGCGUGUGCCGGCUCUGGAACUCCGUCGCCUCCGACCACGAGCUCGUCGCCAUUUCCUUCAAGGCGCCUUGGAAGCUGAAGCACGUCGUUGGAAAGCCUGUCUCCGGGAGCUUCUGGAGGGACAGUGGGAUCAGCAAGUUCGCCAUUUCGCAUUGCCUUGUGAGGGGGGACAGCCUUGCCAGUCUCGCUGUGAAGUACUCUGUUCAGCAGGUUAGGGAGAUAAAACGUUUGAACAACAUGAUGAGUGACCAUGGCAUAUACUCAAGGGAGAGGUUGUUAAUCCCUAUAAGCAAUCCUGACAUUCUUGUAAAUGGGACAUGCUACAUGGAGCUAGAUAGCUAUGCGAAAAGGGAAGUGGCAGUGUUGUAUCUUGAAGGUGGUCCUGAUAGAAAGUCUAGCCAUUUGCUGAAGAAGAUGACUUCUGAACAAGGGAAGAGGAAGGUUCUUGAUUCUUUGAAGAGAAGCAUGCAAGUUGACGAUGGGACUGCCCAAUAUUACUUGUCUAUUUCUAAUGGCGAUCCUCGGGCUGCACUCUCUGAAUUUUCCGAGGACCUUAGGUGGGAGAGGCAAGAGGGCUUGGCCUAGUUUCUCAAAUACUGUCCAGCUCAACUUGGCACUUGGAAGCACAUUAUAAACGGUGAAGAUUGGCCAAGACAUGAUGGAUAUUGCUCUCCGUGUUUAUGUUCUUUAGCUUCUUUAGAAAGUUUAAGAGAAGCACAUUAUAAAUGUUCUCCUCUCUAAAACACAGGGAAUCGAGUCUUCUUCAUUUCGUCCUGGGUACCCUUUCAAUGAUGUAAUUAGUUAGUGACGGUUAACAAAAUAUGAGAUUUUGUCUUGUAAUGAUACGUGUUUUCUGUAUGAUUCUGCCUACUGAAUGUGUAGAGCAGUGUUUGUAUUUAUAAUUGUAUAACGUGAUCUCCUUUACAAGUGGAUGUACAUGAUUCAAUUUACAGAUGACUUUAUGUUUGAA